ACAACCGCGCACUCAGUUUUAGUUCUACGCGGCACAGGCAAACACGCGUGUGGCGUACCAUGCCGUGGCAGCGUGCCGACCGUUAGCGACCGUGCCCGUUUUAUUCCAAUUUUCGUUCCGUUUCCAAAAGUGCGCGCCAAUGUACGGGAGUACCGUUGGGAAAACCCCAUAACCCAUCGCAAGGGGCGCGUACGGCCAGCGCCUUCAUUUGUUGCGUGUAAAGCUGCGUGUGCUGCUGCUGCAUUGAGUUGCAAAACUAGAAUCAACGUGGCCAGACAGUUUGAAAGGAGGAAGAAGUAUAGUUUAGUGCAAACGUUUGCUGGGUAGUAGUUGAAUUUUCCUCGAUCAAAAACAAGGCUUUAAAGUGGUGGCCCCUUUUUUUGUUGCUUUUGCAUCUCAUUGGUUUAAGGCAGGCAUAGAAACGAGCUCUGUGUUGAAAAUUCAUCCAAGCUUAAGCUCAAGCACUGGUAUCACCACGUCCCGUACUCGAAGCGUGCUCAAGUGGGACACGGAUUGGCCACCGGUACUGCGCGGCGCAGUGAAUUUUCAUCCACGACAGUGCCAUGAAUAAAGGGCGUUUGGAAAUUUUACGUGCAAAAAAAGAAAGAAUGCUUGCAACGGCAACCGUCACAGCAUUAUGAUGAUGAUGAUGAUGGUUAUUCGAGUGACAGUGUUAUCCAAAACGGACAUUAGAUAGAUGGUGAAGGCAUUGGGCGGCAAAUGAUUAACCGUGUACUGCUCCUGCUCAAUGUAGUGCGGUGCAAAGGAGUUGUGCAAAAAAAAGGCGAACGGUCAACCGGAAACACGUGCUGGCGAGCACCGAAUUGAAACCGAAUCCGGUUGAAAGUGCCUUGUCCCGGUGUGAAAGAAUUUCCCGACAGUACUACUGUCGGCGCGUAGUAGGCCGAGCAGUGCAGUAGCAGUGACAAACCGACUGAGUGAAACAGAGCGAGAGCGCGAGAGAGAGAGAGAGAAAGAUAGUGAGAGUAUGAUAGAAAAGCCUCCCAGCGAACGGUGGUAGUGUUGGUGCUUUGUUUUCACUUUUCGCCGUACCGGGCGGCGCUCGGUAGUGUGCGUGUGCGUUUCCGUGAGUGCCUUUUUCGCGCCGCUGUUUGUGUGCUACGAUUUUCCGCGCGCGCUCGUUCGCUCCGUGCGUGCGUGUCACUGUUGUUUAGUGUUGUGCUUUGCUGCUCGUUGCGAACCGAGCAAGCCGUUCAGUCCGUAUCGUGACGCCGUGUCGGUGAGUGUCGAGUUGCAGUGUGUAGUGGCGGUUGUUGUGCUUCUAUCGGCCGUAACGUAAAGUGUAGCGGAAGAAGAAGAAGAAAAAACACGAAACGCGGAAAAUCAUCUUCACCGUGCGUGUAAAACAUCGGAAUAAGAGUGUGUGUUUUGUACCCAAACAGGUCGUUGUGGAGAAGUGCAGUGAGUGAGUGUGUGUUUGUAAUAGAGAGAAAGAGAGAGAAAGAGGAAGAAGAGUUUAACGAAUAGCACAAAGUAAAGCCGUUUGACAGUUGCUGGUGGAGAUAAAGCGUAGAAGUGUAAUAGACUACCUCCUACUAAGGACAGCACAAGCCGUAUCAGAUGUAUCGCUAGGCAAGGGUGGCCGUCACAACCCCCCACCGUACACCCGACAAUGGAACAUCAUGGUGGACUGUUUGCGGACAUUUCGAACAGUUUCCCGGGCGCCGGCGGGCUGCCGUCCACGAACGUGAAGUACCACCUUCACAACCCACCCCAGAUCCCACCGCAGCCCCCGCCGCCUCCGGUUCCACCCUUAGGGUCUAGUCGGCAGUACCAUCAGUACCAGCAGCAGCAGCAGCAGCAGCAGCAACAUCACCAUUCCCAACAACCGCAACAUCAGCAGUCCCUGAACGUUCAUUUGCAGAACUCCACGGCCUCGGCAGGGCAGCAGACACCGGCCCAGUCCGUCGUUGUUGGAGGUUACGGUCAACCGGCAACCGGCGGCAUCAUACAGCAAAGUCAUGUUAUGCAGCAGUCCCAGCAGCAGCCCGAAUUGCAAAGCUCAGCAACAGCAGCGACAACCCAGCAGCGGCAGCAUCAUCUGGAGACGCUGCAUCAAACGCUAGGUGGUGCCGGCGGUCUCUACACUGACACCACCACGACCACCGGGCUGUACAACACCGGUAGCACCAACACAGCGAGCGCCCUCUGCGUCAGCAACAGCCCAUCAACGGCCGGCACCGGCGGUGGGGCGUCCACCAACAGCAGCUACACCAGCUCCAACGUCACCAACACGUCGCGCAAGUUCGAAACGAACACCGGCGACAGCAUCACGUACAACAUCAACAACAUCAACACCAACAUUGUGAACAACAUUAGCGCCGGUCAGGGCGCACCGCCCGCCAUCGCCGCCAUCACGAAUGGUGGUGGUGGGACCGACUUUCUCGGCGGUGUAACAGCGGCAGCGGCAGCAACACAGUACGGCGCCGGUUCCUCGCUUGCCGGGACGGCCGGUGGACAGGCGCAGGGCGUCACCAGCAAUCCGACCAUCAUUAACAUUAGCAACAACAAUCACAACAUUAUGGCCCCACCGUACCCGUACCCGCACGGUGCCCAGCCACAGUACGCGCAGCCGAAGAGUACGCACGGUGGCUACAAGGAGCUGGCGGGGAAGUAUGGUGCUGUGGGGACGGGUGGCGCGAGCGGGACAGCGAACAGUUGGGCGGAGUACGCCGCGACGCACCAUCACGAGGCGACCGUGAUCGGGAACUUUGAGGCGAAGAACCCAAACAAGUACCAUCACACCGGGGCGAGUGCGUCAUCGGUUGGGUCGCGCAUGGCUGGCGGGUAUCGCGGGUAUAGUGCAACCGAUUACGUACAGCAGCAGCACCAGCAACAGCAGCAGCAGCAGCCGUCGGUGGCAGCUUCUGGGGGUCACUACGGUCCAACGCACUCCGGUGGAGCGACUGCCGCUGGCUACGGUCUCUACCAUCCCGAUGGAGUGCAAGCGACACCGAUUCAGCAGUCCCAGAGUGCGGCGGGAGCUCCGGGAACACAUCCAGGCUACGAUGCUUAUCCUCACAUCGUGCGGAACAAGUACACGAGUGCGGUCCCCUCGCCGGGGAUGCAUCUGCCGAGUAGUUCCCGCGUAGAUCUCAUGUACAACGAACGAUCUCAACGAUACGUCAGUGGGUACGGUACCGGGAGUGGCUACAUGCCUUCCGGGGGAGCUGUUGGUAAUGCUGGAACUGCUCCGGGAACGGGUAGCUCCACCCACGGUACCUACUACACCCAGAUGGGUCCAACGAAGAGCAUGAUGAACCCAACGAUGGAGUACUACGGCAACAGCUUCACCAAGCAACAUCAGUCCAGCUCGCAUCCGCACCAUCACGCGGCGACCAAUCCUUACAUCCCACCGAACCGGAUGGCGUAUGCGGGCCAGUCAGCUGCUAGCUACCAUCCACACCCAUCCCACCCGACCCAUCCCCACGCCCAUCCUCAUCAUCAUGUACCACAUCCGCACCACAAGAGUGCGGUCAGUGGGUACGGUUACACGACGAGUGCGAAUGGGAGCGUCCCCGCGUCCUACGAGGACCCCUACCAUCAGCGUGCGAUGAGUGGGCGUGUUCCACUGCCCCAUCCAUACACCACUGAUCCACACCAUCUGCAGACGGGCAGUGGGUCGUACGGUGUAGCUCCUGGGAGUGCUGGAAGCUAUCACCAUCAAGUGCAGACCCAAAUGGGUUAUCCGAAUCCGAAGCUGACAUUCAGCAAAAAUCUCAACGAUUUCUACACACCAAACGUGACGUCGGGCGGUGUACCGCAGCACUAUGGAGGUGCUCCACCGACCGGGUUGACUCACUCGAGCCACUACGGUAUGAAGUAUGGAGCGCAACCUGUCGUACCGUCGCAGAAGCAUGCUGGCGUUAAUGGCGGUGCAACAGGUGUCCCAACCACCAUGAGCCAGACGAGUCGCAAGCCGUCGUCUAGCUGCUACUUCGACACACCGAGCCCGGUAAUUGACAUCAACCAUCCACUGAUCGACCUGGAGGAGCAGAUCAACAGUGUGAAGAUCCUCAAGAGUGGGAGCGGGCCGGCGCCGAUGCCUCCCGGGGCGGGUUCGAUGUACGAGACGAACCAUGCGCUCAACUACGACUGCCAGCAGAUGUAUCUCAAGAACCGGUACAUGCACUCCAAGCCUAUGGUUGGAGCUGCUGGGAAUAGUGUCACCGCACCUGCUGGGUAUGGUACGGGCCAGCCGAUCUCAACCCCUGAUCAUCUUCGUCACCAGCACCAGCCCCAACAUCACCAGCCACAUCCGGAAGCGGUGGGUGCGUACGGUGGUUAUGCGACGAUGGAAGAUCUCGGACUGGGACCGCGCAGCUUUGCGCUGGACGAAAGCCUGAAAGAUAAGAGCUUGCGCGACUACCUCACAAGCUGGAGUGAGAUGGAGGAGGAGGAUGGUGGUGCUGCUGCUGCUGCUGCAGCGAAAGCUCCCAAAGAGACUAACAACAACUUGGUUGCACAUCAGAACUAUGAGUCGUGUAAGUACGGUGGGCAACUUCAACAACAACCACAACAACAAACAUUCGAUACGAGUGUCCAGGUGACAGCUCCAGAAGAUGUUCCUGUGACGACGCAGCAGGCGCUGACAGCUGAGCCACAGGCACAGACAGAAAAGGAUAUUCCCGUCGAAGCUGAAGUGACAGAAAUAACACUCCAAUCAUCGCCGUCGCCACCAACAGCAACACCGGUAGCGCCCGUUACCGGGCACACGGGUGUGAUCGUGGCCAAUGUGCAAAGCAACGGUAACCUGCCGGACAUUCUGGUAGACAUUGAGAAGCCGGCGAAACCGGAAGAAACCGGCAAGGAUGGCGAGAAGCUGUACAUACUGGAGACGUACGAUGUGCCGCAGAGCGAGCUGAACAAGUACAAACAUCUGAGCGUUAUCAACGAGCUGCCGAAGAACGUCGUCCCGAUUAACGAUAGUGCUGAUUCGCUGAAGUUCCUCGAGGAGAUCGAGUCGAAUCGUGAGAAGUACUACCAAACGGAACUGGAAUCGGAGGUGGUUUACGAAGAGAAGGAGAAGGAAAGGGAGAAAGAGAAGGAACAGGAAGACGUUGAGGAGGAUGAUGACGAAUCGGCUGAGGAACGGGAUACAUUGCCCGAGCAGAAAUCGGUCAUUCAGCAGACGAAGCAGGAGCCUGAAGCCCCCAAAGAGGAACAGGAGGAUAAGAUGGAAGAUCUGCCGGAGGAAGAGAUGAAGCUAGACUGCACCGAGGAGCUGAAGGAAGAAGAGGCUGAGCGAUCUCCUGAGUGUAAGCCGGAAGAUCUUUCCCAGCCGAAGUUAAAGGAGGAGCUGAAAGAAGAUCCUCAAACGACCGAGCAGCUGAACCAUUCAGAGGGACAAGAUGACGCCCAAAAACCUGCAGAAGCAAGGAUCGAGGAGGUCAAAUCGGACACUUCGCUCAAAGAUUCGUCCACCGACGAGGAAGCCUCGUUUAAGGUGCCUCGCUGCUUUCCAAAGUAUCGGAAGCGACGCUUCUACGACUACGAUCUGCCCCGGUUUCCGAAGAAGGCGCGUCGCUCGAGCAUCGAAGAGUUUAUCAAUUGUGAUAUACCGAAAUUCAAAGUACAAACAGAGAAGCGUAGCCCAAAAAGUCUGCUCAACCUGCUGGUGGACACGCUCAAUUCGAAACCGUUCCGACGCUGGGCGAAAGAGGAUCUGGCCCGGCGGCAAGCACUGCACAGGGAGGAAAGUGAGCGUGAGGUUGCAGUUGCCGAGGUGAGCCCACCGGUUGAGGUAGAGCCGAUUGAGGAGGAUCGUGUUGAGGUGGAACCGAUUCCAGAACCGUCUCCAUCAAUGGAACCUGAAAGGGAAACAGUGCUCGUGUUCUCCAAUGUUCCAUCAUUGAGAGACCUGUGCUACGAGCGGAUCGAGUCGCUGGAGUUGUUCCGCCAGCCCACAACACUGAAGGAGCUGUGUGAGCAGGUGAUCCGCGACAGCAAACAUCUCUACAUCAUUGAGGAGAUGAAGAGUGAACCACCAAGGCUGCAAGAUCUCUGCAAAGCCGUGCUUAGCGAGACGAACAUCUUCAUUGAUGUGAGCACGAACGAGGUGUGCAUAAUCGAUGAUGAUGAAGUUGAUGACGGUGAGAGCUGUGAGAUGGUUCCGGAAGGAACCACUGCCUCAAACACAGGGCGCGUGUUCAUUGUGGAAGAGGACCGUGGCUCUAUUGCCGAUCUGCUGCGGGAAAACAUUCAGCUGCAGGAGGAAGAUCUCGUCGUGGUGAGGCAAGACCUCGGCGAAGGCUGUGAGGAUCACGAGAUCUUUAUGGCAGAUCUAGCACCCGAGCCCGAGGAACCGUUGCUAGUGGCGGCGGACAGUGAGAGUGACAUCUUUAGCCGGGUGGAGCAGGAGAUCGAGAAGAUGAUGCACACGAGCUCGUCCGAGGAUGAGGCGGAGGUGCCGGCCAAGCAAGAGUCGGAAGUGUUUGCCUUUGCGGAGGAUGAACAGUGCGUACAGUAUGAGGAAGUUAUACCGGUGAAUGCGGAGGAGCAGAGCGUGAAGGAGGGCGUUCUGAAGACACUGCGGUUGAAGUAUAGCUCGAGAGGGGUGAGUCAACGGAAGCUUCACCAGCGACUGGUGCGCAAAUAUAUCGUUCAUCAACGAUAUCUUGAGACACGUGCGGGGAAGGUGAUUCCGCGUAACUCCAUUGAGUGGACCAAGUUGGUGAGCGUGCGGAGAUUGCCCGGGAAGAUAUCGUUCCCACCGGUACAGCAGCAAGACGAAGAUAGUAACUGUUCGAACAGUUCCAGUAGCUCUAGUGGUAGUAGUUCCUCUAGCUCGUCGAGAUCAUCAUCCUCUAGCUCAUCGUCGUCGAGUAGUAGCAGCAGCAGCAGCAGCAGCAGUAGUAGUAGCAGCAGCACUAGCAGCAACGAAAUGGAAGAUGAAGAGGAAACGGUGAAGCUGGUAGCGGCAGCCGAGUUAGACGCAGUAGAUGAGCACGUGAGUGACCUGGUGGCGCUGUCAGAUGAGGCGAACAACAACACCAUUGAUCUUACGAGUUCGGAAUUGUCCCAAGAGCGCCAGAAGGAAGUACAGUCUCAGCUCGUACUGCACCAAGAAUCUCAACCCGUUGAUGUACAGCCUGGCUUGCAAGGGGACGGUGGAAGUCCAGCCCGGUGUGAAGAUAGUGCCAGUAGCUGUAGCAGUAACAGCAAUGGCAAAAGCAGUCCCGGUAGUCAAAACACCGGCACCAGCAGCCCAUACAGCGGCAGCGGCAAAAGCAGUGUCAGCAGAAGUCCCACCAGUUCGACGGAGUUGCGUGCCACACCAAAGAACGCUUACGCCACAGACCGAGCGCGCUCAGUGAUCGUUUCACCACCAAUUGCGAAAAAGAAGAAAAAGCUUUCGUUCGAGGAAAGUUUGCUUAACAUCGAUCAAAUGUACCGGAAACCCGCGAGCCCGGCGGCGGCGACAACGUUGGCAGCAUCCCCCACCUCGCUAAUGCCACGUGCCGGAAUGGGCAGCCCCCUCUACCAGUGUACCGGUGGAGCGGCCCGUCCGAACGUGAUCGUCAACGUGAACAAUCGGCGCGAAGCUCCCCGCAAGCUAAUCAUACCGUCGUACAAGAUCUUCGACCAGACGACGGACGAAUCGCGACCGGCUGUCAACGGGCAUCACCGCAAAUCAUCGAUCGAGCUCGAUCGUUCGCCGGUGCUCGAGGUAAGCCGGGUCGAUUUUAGCAAACCAAUUUCCAAACGUCGUACGUCCAUCAGUGCCACACCGUCGUACAGCCGAUCCGCCAGCUGUUCCUCCUCCGAGCUCGAUCGACGUGCGCGCGGGCUGGAGCGCCGAAAAGCGGCCCUGGUUAGGCGGCGCAGUUGCUGCUGCUCGCCGUUGCGACCACCAUCACCACCGAGCCCACCUCAGCUGGCUGUGUGCGGAAAGCCCGCACCGUUGCUGGCCGGCCAGGCUGGUGCACCGGUACCGUACGUGCGCCUGGAGCGAAACGAUUACGUGGAAAAGCUGGCGGAGAGCUAUCGACGGCAGGCCCAGCAGCGCCCAAGGUCGUCGUAGGGUUUGUUCGUGCUCGUGCGGAUUUGCCUGGGGACCCAGGUGUAAAGCUUGGAGUGUGCCGAAGAAGCCUGUAUGAGGAGAACAUUUAGCAAAACAACCAACAUUUCUAUUGAGCGCUUAAUAAGGGACAAAUAAUCUUAUCAAUUAAGGGAGUAAAGCUUGUUAAAUAAUUUCUACUAGCAUAAGUCACUUUUAGCAACGGCCACGUGGCCAGGUGUGUGUUUUAAAAUGCACUGCGCGCAGCUCCAGCUUCGCUUUUUUUUAACGGCAAACGGUAGCUAGUGCGUGUAGUAGUGUUCACAGCAAAAUGCAUUCCUUUCGAUGAGUAUGUUUGGACGAUUUUACACACGCGUGAGUAGCUGAUAAAAUAUAAGCCACAAACAAUGCACCUUAUUUGUUUGUGUUAUUUUUUACCCCCGCUUCUUGGUUUGGUAAGGCGUAUCGCGCACCCACUGGCACAGUAACUUAGGUGUGUAUUUUUGUUCCCUUCUGGGUGGAAGAAGCAACAAAAGAAACCAUCACUACCAGCACGUACUUAAUUCCAGGCGACCACCGAGGGUCCAUAGCGCGGUAAGGGAUGAGUUAUGCAGGAGUUUUGUUGAAUGCUUUGCGGAUGUUUUUAUUUUAUCUUUUUUAUUAAUUAGCACAGGGAAUGUUUGUGUGUGUGUGUCCUCUGGGGGCUUACACUUAUGCACACACCUGUAAAAUUACGGUCGCUAGGCAGUUAUGGUUGGAGCAAUGUUUGCUAUAAUCUGUGGUGGGGCCAACAUUAUAGCUCGCUGUGCUCGUUUAUAGCAAAAGCUUCAGCGGCAAAGUUCAGCAUUCAGCAAAGCUGUUACGAAUGGAAAAUUAAAAUGUUUUACACAUCGGCACUUGGUGGAAUGCAACGACUUUUUUUAAUUAGUUUUAUGCGAACCUGUUGCAUUUUUUUUUUCUGCAUCGAUUUUAAACAAAAGUAGCAACUUUCGUGCUUAAAAAAAGCAUGAAAAACAAAGCAAAAUAAUUGAAAAAAUUUAGCCAAUUGGUCGCAUACAUCGUUUUAUGAAAAUCCAAGGUUUUAAUUUUAUUCCUCAACCGUGUUAAUUUAGUAAACAUUUGAAAACAUGUUGUAAACUAAGCAACAUUGCUAUACGUUGUUAAUUGCUUCAGCAGCAAUCAAAUAAAACGAUAAACACAAUCAAUUGCUACCGCUCAUCUAGUCAAGUGUUGUUGCUGCAUUCCCGUGUUGAUGGUUUGGAAUUUUAGGGAUUCAAUAGUACGCAUUCAAUGUACUAAAGGUGGAAAGAAGCAUGUCUUAGUGUGUUAAGUGGAAACACGUGUGUUACAGUGGAUCAGUUUUAAGAGAAAACGCUUGUACAACCUUCAACCACCUUAUUUAGCAUAAAAAAGACAGUUUGCUUGAGUAAAAUAAAAAUGCCCCGCUCGUUCGUUUUAUUGUACAGCAAAACUGGCAAAUCUACUAGCAACAAGAGUGUCGGCGUGCGUUUGUCUGUGUGCACAUGCAUGUGUGUGUAUGUGUUUAUUUUAUUCCUCAAAGAGUAAUGUUAACAUUCCUACCCUAAACAAUGAUUUCCGAUAAACAUAAACCCCGCACUAGUAGACUAGUAAGCAGCCGUGCUUAGUAAGGCAUUAUGGCAUAAGGCAUUAUUAUUAUUAUUAUUUGUUUUGCGCUUGUUUUGUAAGGUAUGCAAACAAAACAGUGUUAAGUGGGGAUUUGUUUGAAAAUAAAUAACAACAUUAAAGUAAGAGUAAAGCAACCAACGUCAGCAAAAGAUUUCGAGUGCACACAAGCACAGCCACCAAAUGAUGCACAUUGGCUUGGUGUGGAAGCAGGUAAAGUACAUAAGCACAGUACGUAUUGGUUAACAGACAAAAAAAAACACACACAAGCAAAGCGGAACCAAAUAGAAGAAGAAGAAAAGGGAA